AUGACCUCGCCUCUUGCUUCGCCUCCUGCAUCCCGGCUGGCCGAACCGGCCGGCCCCCCUCGGGACCAGAAGUACUGCUCGCGAAAAACUCUCGCGCGCUGCACCUGGUAUGAUCGACGAGAUGACUUCGGCCUCCAGCUUCGCCUCCCGCAUCUCGCCGAGCAGCGCCAGAGCCCGCUGCCACUGCUUGCCUUUCUCGCACGCGCUGACCCCGGCGCUGCAGCUGACAUGACGUCGGAUUCCAACUUCACCUCCCGCAUCUCCCUGAGCAGCGCCAGAGCCCGCUGCCACAGCUCGCCUUUCUCGCAAGCGCUGAUCCCAGCGCUAUAG